AUGGUGGCGAUGUUUGAAGCGAUCGCUGACCGUAAGACGCCCACCGGGAGGAUAGGGGCAAGAGAAGUUCAAGAGCAGAGAGUUUUUCAGCAGGAGAACAGAGAGGUGGGGAUUGGGGGUUGUUCUAGUCGCUCAGGGAGAGAUGGGGGGUUGUUUACGUCGGCUCAGGUCGCUAAGGAGAGAUGGGGGGUUGUUCUAGUCGCUCAGGGAGAGAUGGGGGGUAGUUCUAGUCGUCAAGGAGAGAUGGGGGGUUGUUCUAGUCGCUCAGGGAGAGAUGGGGGGGUUGUUCUAGUCGCCUUUCUCCAAGGAGAGGAUGGGGGUUGUUCUAGUCGUCAGGGAGAAGAUGGGGGGUUGUUCUAG